CGUGUUCAAUCUUCCUUCGUUCCUCGUAUGCAAAGGAAAAGCAGAUUGAAGCCAAACAUCUGAUGCUGCAGUCUCAAUUAAAAGGAUUAAAAAUGUUAGAUUCAUAUUAUAUAUGAUGCUCUCGGAUGAUUUGACCCUGGAAUGGAUUUAGAAGAGGCUUUCCAGACGGUUGGGGAAUUCGGCAGACAUCAGAAGCGGAUGGUGACCGUCCUGGUUUUUCUACAGGUUUAUAUGGCAUGCCAGUCCAUGCUGAUAGUUUUAGUGGGUGCUGUGCCAGAAUAUCACAAACAGCCUGUUACUGAAGCUGGGGAUACAACUAAUGGAGUGACAUUUACUGAGGAUGUCAGCUCUAUUGUGACAGAGUGGUUUCUGGUUAAAGAAGAAGCCUAUAAGGUGAGCCUGGCAGGGUCCCUUUUCUUCGCCGGUGUCCUGAUAGGAAAUGUCCUGUUUGGACCGCUUUCUGAUAAGAUCGGAAGAAAGCCGGUUUUUCUUACUGGUCUGUUUUUUGAAGUCUUGUUUGGAUAUGGCACUGCAUUAGCCCCCAGUUAUGAGGUCUUCGCCCUGUCCCGCCUGUUGGUAGGGUUGAUGAAUGGAGGCAUGGCUUUGGUCUGCUUCGUCCUCACUCAGGAAUACGUGGGAAAGUCGUACUGGGCAAUGACAGGAACCUUGACUAAUAUGGCCUUCGCAGUGGGCAUCUCCCUCUUCGCCGCUUUAGGUUAUUGUGUUCGGCCUUGGAGGAGCUUGGCGACUGCCGCCAACUGUCCUGGACUUUUGCUCUUCCUGCUUUGCGUGACUCUGCCAGAAUCUCCACGCUGGCUGUAUUCUCGGGGUCAUACGAAGCAGGCUGAGGACAUUCUGCAGUAUUUCGCUGUGAGGAACGGCAAAGGCAGAAUUCCAAUUAAACUCUGCCGGACCGUCAGCACUAGCACUCCUGAUGGGUCCAGUCCUGGGGUUUUCCAGCUGGUCACACAUCCCGUACUACGCCGGAGAACUGUGGUGCUCAUGUAUGUAUGGUAUGUCUGUAGCCUCGUGUAUUACGGGUUGACCCUCAAUGCCAGUGAAGAUAAAGGAAAUCGCUAUCUUAGUGUUGCAAUGUACGGGCUGGUGGAACUUCCUGCUUACCCUCUCUGCAUGUACUUCAUUAACAAACAGUGGGCAGGUAGGCGGAAGUCAUUGGCUGUCUUUCUUGCCUUUGCUGGUGUGUCUUGUCUGCUCACGAUGUUUGUACCGGUCUCAGGGUGCUUUCUGAAUGCCACAUGUCUGGCUCUAGUGGGAAAACUGAUGGUCAGUGCAGCGUUUAAUAUUGUAUAUGUGUACACAUCAGAGCUCUACCCAACCGUGAUCAGGAAUGCAGGGUUGGGUGUGUGUUCCAUGUCCUGUAGAGUAGGAGGGAUUUUGGCUCCAUUCGUGCCGAGCAUGAGAUCACUGCAUGCCUCUUUGCCGUUUAUGGUGUUCUGUUUGAGCGGUUUAUCAGCGAGCUGCCUCGGGCUCUUACUGCCGGAAACCCUCAAUAAACCUGCAGCGGAAACACUCGAUGAACUUUCCAGCCCUGCCUAUCAGCGAAUAUUAGAGCCACAGGUACACCUCUUAGAGGAAAAGCAUUUAUCUGACAACAACGAGGCAGAUAGUGAUUGAAAUGUGGACUUUAACACUUUCUUUUGCCAGUUUAUGAACAUCCCUGACCACAGUGACUGGUGUCCUAUUAUUGUGACUGGUGUCCUAUUAUUGUGCCAAGCGCAGAUUCAAACACGCAAACACUACAGGUGCCUUUAAUCUGCUUAGAUCAUCAACACAUAAGAUGCAUCUGUGUGACGGAUAUUUGAAUAUAGUAAAAAUGGACCAGAUACUCAUUCCUAAGUGUGUCUCUCACAAUUUCGCAUACUUUAACGUUUACUGCCAUUUGUGACCUGCAAUUUUUAUGUAACAUAUGUGACAAUAUAUUUGUUAAUGUGCAUUUGUUACCAUUUGUCAAAAAUGGUUUGGGAGAUUGCAGAUUUGAGUGAUACCGGAUGUUUGUCAGUGGUGUAGACGAAGGGAGAAGAGAUUGUAUAAGUGUAUAUUUCUGUACAGUGAUGAACACUAUUUUAAAUAAAG